AUGGUUGGAGACCGGGUGGACGACGGCUCUGGCUCAUUGGGCACCGUCCGCUACGUUGGUCCCGUGGCGACAUCGAAAAAUGCAUCUACGCUGUACUACGGCAUCGAGUGGGACGAGUGGGGUCGCGGCAAGAACGACGGCAGCGUCGAGCUGCCAAGUGGAGAGCGCGUGGUGCAUUACUCGGGCCCUCCAGGCCGCAAAGUGUCCGGACACGGAAGUCCAGUGAGCUACAAAUGCUCGUUCGUGAAAGCUUCAAUUUUUGACAAGACAGCAGAACGAAGUUCGCUUCUGCAGCGACUGCAUGAGAGAUAUUCUAACAAAGAACAAUAUUCCAAGUCAGAGGAAGGAACUCCAGGUGACGUGGUGGUAGCCGGAGAGGUAGGCACGACGCUGGGCAGCGAGAAACCCAUUGAAUUCGUGGGAGCCAAGAAGCUCAGCACCCAGCAAACGCUGCAAACUAUCGAGAAAAUUUCAUUUUCCAGCUGUCAAAUUGUCGAGUUAGGAGGACAAGGACUGGGGGAAUUAGCCCCAAAUUUAACGGAACUGGACCUAUCCAGGAACCUUUUCAGCAAGUGGAGUGACAUAAUUGCUAUCAUCCGCGAACUUCCGCUACUGGAGACGCUGAUUCUAAGCGGGAAUAAGUUGACAAUUGAGGAAGAAAAUGACAGUAGCAAACUAGCAAUUUUUGAGAAUUUGAAGGUGCUGGUGCUAAGUUACACUCUGCUAUCAUGGAAAAAUGUGGGAGCGAUCAUCACACGCCACUUCCCCAAGCUGGAACAGCUGCAUGUAGUAGGCAACGAGUACGAAGACGACCAGCUGACAGAGUGGGAGCCAACUGGAGGCUGGUUGGAGACGCUGUCGGUGUUGGAUUUGAGUCUCAACCGCUUGAAAUCAUGGAGCAAAGUGCUGCAAGGUGCUGGGGAGUUCCCGAACUUGAGUCAGCUCUUCUUACACGGGAAUCGGAUCGUGACGCUCGUGGCUGACGUGAAGCCAACCUCGUUCCAGCAGCUUACGACGCUGUCGCUGAGUGAGAAUCUGGUCGAUUCGUGGACUUCUAUUGACGCUUUGAAUGCUUUUCCUCUGCUGGAUACUCUACGCUUCUCAAAGAACCCAUUGACGACGCAGAUGAGUCUGGGCGAAGCUCGAUUGCUGGUUGUUGCAAGAACCGACCACAUCGCAGUGUUUAACGCAAGUCCAGUCCGCGAGAAAGAGCGCAAGGAAGCAGAACAACUCUAUCUGAAGCGAAUCUUGCACGAACUGGCUGUGAUCGGCGAAGAUACGACCGAAUAUGGGCGUGUAUUAGCAGCUCAUCCACGCUUCACUCGCUUGCGAGAGCUGCAUCCAGAGAUCUCCAUUGAUCAAAAUGGCUACACUGCGGAUAGUGGGUCUACGGCUGGUCCAAGGAAGUUGGCGUCGAGUCUCAUUAAAGUCAGCAUCAUCCCAAUGUCAAUGCAAGCGACUGGUUUCGAACCUAUAGUCAAGAAAAUCCCUCAACAGAUGAAGGUAUCGCAGCUCAAAGUACUCAUCGAGACGAAAUUCGGCGUCCAAGUCCCUGCUCAAGUGCUUUCCUUCCGUACCGACUCCAGAAGUUUACCGAUGCUGCUAGACGAGGACAACGCAGAAGUGAGCUACUACGGAAUGCAGGAUGGCUCCGAGGUGCUGGUUAAUGACAACGAGUGA